AAGAGUAGUUUAUAUAGGAGAUGUAGAAAAAAGAAAACAAGUGGAGAAUAUAAAGAACCUGGCACAGGGGGAAAAUGGUGUCAAUCUUAAAAAUUGGACUAGUGGAUAUAAAGAUAUUGAUGAAUUUAUACAACAAUCACAACUUAAUGCUGUGCAUUGUAAAAAAUAUAUUGAAUGGAUACCUUUUGAAAAUUUUAAAGAUAUUACUUAUAUUACCAGAGAUUAAAACUCAUCUUCAGAUUUAUCUUUGGGAUAUUGUUCAAUGUUAUGGAAUAACUCAAGAUCAAAAUACCAAAGAUUAUAUGAUGGUUUUAGAAUAUUGUAGAGAAGGAAAUUUGAGAAAUUACUAUCUCAACAAUGAAUCAGAUUAUUAUUCAAAAAUUAAUAAAUUACAACAAAUUGUAAGUGGACUUCUAGAUAAUCAUAAUGCUGGAAAAGUUCAUAAAGAUUUUCAUUCAGGCAAUAUAUUACAUAGAGAUUAUCCACUUAUAAGUGAUUUAGGAAUGUGCCAACCAGCAAAUAAUGAAAAGCAAUCAGUUAAACAAGAAGGAAUUUAUGGAGUAUUACCUUAUAUGGCACUAGAAGUUUUACGUGGAUAUCAAUAUACAAAAGUAUCUGAUAUUUAUUCAUUUGGAAUAAUGAUGAAUGAAUUUAUAUCUGAAGAAACUCCUUAUAAUAAUAUUCCUCAUAAUCAUGCUUUAUCUAUUAAAAUAUGUAAAGGACUUAGACCAAAUAUUUUCAAAUAUACACCAAAAUUACUUGCAGAUUUGAUUACUAAAUGUUGGGAUGCCAAAGCAGAAAAUAGUCCAACCACUAAAGAAUUGUAUCAAACAUUAAAUAAAUGGGAUGAGUGUAGAGCAAGUGAAGAUAGUGAUACUGGAUUUCAAAUAUAUGAAUAUAAUGAUAAAAUUAAAUUAAACAGAACAAAUUCAGAAUGUUUUGAUUGUCAAUUAGACGAAUUAGAUCUUGAUGAAAUUAAUCAAGAAGAAGAAAAUAAUAAUACUGAAUGAUUUUUUAUGAGAAUCAAAGAAUUUAGUUUGAUUAAAAUUAUAUUAUUAAAUUAUUUCUUUUAUACUAGCUAUUUUGGUUUGAUAAAAAUAAAUUAUAAAUUGGUUAGUUAUUGAUUGUUCAUUUAUGUAAAUUAAUGUUAUCCUUAAACUUUUUGACAUGAUAUGAUGUCAUUCGCCCCUAGAGGGACUCAGGAAUUUUUAGUAUCAAAAAUCCUAUUUGUCACGUCCUAUUUGCCAAUAUAGGGUAAUCAUAGUAGUCAUAUGAGUUUUAUUGUCAGUGACAUCUUUCGAUAGUAAAGUUGAAUAUUAUUUUCCUUUAUUGAGAAUCUAGAAUAAAAUUAUUAAAAA